AUGUCGCCAAAUGGCGACAGCCCCUCUCACCGGAGCGGCCGCCGCCCUGGCUUUUGGGGAGCGUCGCUGAAGUGCCCGUCGGACGCCCCCGACCUGGGAGCCCAGGGACAGUCUGCAGUGUCUGACGCGGCUGGUCACCCACUGCGACAGGAGAGUGGGGAUUGUAGGCGAGGGGGCUCAGUACACACCUUCAUUCAAUCAUCCAUUCGGUUCACCGUUUAUUGCAAGUCAGACGGGCCCCAGGAGUCUUGGCAUCAAUUACUUCUGGUGCCAGAAACCCCUGCCGAGGAAACCCUCACUGGGAGGCUCCCCGUGGUAAGCUCUAGCUGGGGAGCCCAUCAGCCCUUCCAGAAGAAACUGAGGCACAGCGCAGAAGAAACAGACAUCGUUUCCUGCCAGCAGCUUCAAGAGCCAGUGGGUCCUCCUGCCCCUCCGCCGCAGCGCUCCACAGCGGUCCUCGUUGGUGCCCCGCCGUCCAGCUGA